AUGAGAAGAAAGAAGGAAGUGUUCGCUGAAAGUUAUGAUCAAGAGGAUGAAACGAAGGCUGACACAGGCAAGGAAAAAUAUCGUGGUGGAGCUCCAGGCUGUCCAAACAAACACAUUCUUUUUCAUGUCUGCACUGAAUUUUGCUUUGAUCAAUGGCAAGAAGGAUAUCCUGAAUCUCGUCUUCCUGAACGUUAUUUGUAACA